ACAAUGAAAAAGUACAACGUGCGCCGCAUCAUUUUCUGGGCCGGUAAUAGUACUAUUUAGCUACGGAGAAACCAAUACGAGAUACUGUGACAGCGCUGCUUGGAGACUUUAUUGUCACAGGCAGCUUUAACGCCAGAAAAUUUUGAACAUUCUGGAGGCAGCUCAUGGAGGAGUUACAGGCCGCUCUUCAAAAUUGGGGUUUACGUGUUGCUAAUGUUACAGAGAAAGGACGGAGUCUCGUCACCACCAAGGACUUCAAUCCAGGAGAAGUAAUAAUAAGUCAAGAGCCUUACGUUUGUGUACCGAACAACUCAGCAACUGAGUCACGAUGUGAUCGAUGUUUCAGUUCCAGUAAUGUCAAGAAAUGCUCUGCUUGUCAAGUUGCUUGGUACUGCGGCAGCAGUUGCCAGAAGUUGGAGUGGAAGCUGCAUCGAAUUGAGUGUGAGGCUCUAUCAAAGCUUGACAAGGAUAGGCGCAAGUAUGUUACACCUUCUAUACGUUUGAUGGUCAGACUCUUAAUUCGAAGAAAAUUGCAAAGUGAGAAGAUUAUUUCUUCUACUGCCACAGACAAUUAUGAUUUGGUGGAGGCAUUGGUGGCUCAUAUGAAAGACAUUGAUGAGAAGCAACUGGUGCUAUAUGCACAGAUGGCCAACCUUGUCAACUUGAUUCUUCGGUGGCCUGAUGUUAACAUAAAAGAGAUUGCAGAGAACUUUUCCAAGCUUGCUUGCAAUGCCCAUACUAUUUGUGAUAGCGAAUUGAGACCCCUUGGCACAGGACUGUAUCCGGUUGUUUCCAUUAUUAACCACAGCUGCUUGCCCAAUGCUGUUUUAGUGUUUGAUGGAAGGUUGGCUGUGGUGCACACCGUGCAACAUAUACCUAAAGGUUCUGAGGUGUUGAUAAGUUAUAUUGAAACUGCUGGAAGCACUAUGACGCGGCAAAAAGCUCUAAAACAACAAUACUUUUUUACUUGCACAUGUCCGCGCUGCAUUAAAAUGGGUCUACUAGAUGAUAUUCAGGAGAGUGCAAUUCUGGAGGGUUACAGAUGCAAAGAUAAUAGAUGCAAUGGUUUCUUGCUUCGUGAUUCUGAUGACAGAGGAUUUAUAUGCCAACAGUGUGGCCUUCUUAGGAGCAAGGAAGAGGUAAAAAAGUCGGCAGCUGAAAUAAAAGCGACGUCAGACAAGGCUUCCAAGUCUAUAUCAUCUGGAAAUCUGCAGGAAGCCGUUUCUAUAUAUAAGUUGAUUGAGAAACUCCAAAGGAAAUUAUGCCAUCCCUUUUCAACUAGCUUGAUGCAAACUCGAGAAAAGCUGCUAAAGAUGUUGAUGGAGCUGGAAGACUGGGGAGAAGCUUUGUCAUAUUGCAAAUUGACCAUUCCCGUGUAUCAAAGAGUAUAUCCAGAAUUUCAUCCUUUGCUUGGUUUGCAGUAUUUUAGCUGUGGAAAACUUGAGUGGUUACUUGGGGACACAGAGGCCGCUAUCAAAUCACUGACCAAGGCACUGGAUGUACUUCGAAUUACACAUGGGACAAAAACGCCCUUCAUGAAGGAGCUCAUGAUGAAGUUGGAGGAAGCACGUGCUGAGGUCUCUUACCUUCGUGCAUCUAAUGAUGGCGAGUAGCAGUUCCUGUAAUCAUUUGAAAUACAGACAUCUGCUAUUGUUAGUACUAACAUCUGUAGUAAGGCAUACCUCUGCAGCAGGGGAAAUGACCUUGCAACGGAAGUCUUCUCCACUUCGAUUUACUUGUCCCGCCGUGCUAUCCUGCAGGUUUUCUCUGCUUUUCUACUGGGUGCACACUAUACUUCUGCUGGAAAUUUCUUGUCUCAAUUUAUUAGUCAGCAGAUCCGUAGUUGGUCUUCCACUUUACAAGAGACUAUUUGUCGUAUAUUGGCACUCACGAUGGAUGUUAGAGAAUUUCAAUACAAAUGAAUUCAGCAGAAUUAUAGUCGAA